UUCCGCGGAAGGGAAGAGUCCCGCAGUCGGAGGCGGCCGGCUGGGCGUGCGCUCGCUCCCCGCAGCCGGGGCUGGGCCGGAGCCGGGCGAGGGCUGGGAGCCGGGCCGGGCCUGGGGACAGCGGGCGAGGGGCAGCUGCCGGAGCCGGGCAGCCAGGCGGCUCAGGGCAGGGGACAGCUGGCGCGGGGUCUGCGGUCUCCGGGGCCCCGAUGUGAGGCGGCGGCGCCCCCGGCCCGAGCGCGCACCAUGGGGGCCCCGCUCGCCGUAGCGCUGGGCGCCCUCCACUACCUGGCACUUUUCCUGCAACUCGGCGGCGCCACGCGGCCCGCCGGCCACGCGCCCUGGGACAACCAGGUCUCCGGCCACGCCCUGUUCACAGAGACACCCCAUGACAUGACAGCACGGACGGGCGAGGACGUGGAGAUGGCCUGCUCCUUCCGCGGCAGCGGCUCCCCCUCCUACUCGCUGGAGAUCCAGUGGUGGUAUGUACGGAGCCACCGGGACUGGACCGACAAGCAGGCGUGGGCCUCAAACCAGCUAAAAGCAUCUCAGCAGGAAGACGCAGGGAAGGAGGCAACCAAAAUAAGUGUGGUCAAGGUGGUGGGCAGCAACAUCUCCCACAAGCUGCGCCUGUCCCGGGUGAAGCCCACGGACGAAGGCACCUACGAGUGCCGCGUCAUCGACUUCAGCGACGGCAAGGCCCGGCACCACAAGGUCAAGGCCUACCUGCGGGUGCAGCCAGGGGAGAACUCCGUCUUGCACCUGCCCGAAGCCCCUCCCGCCGCGCCCGCCCCGCCGCCCCCCAAGCCAGGCAAGGAGCUGAGGAAGCGCUCGGUGGACCAGGAGGCCUGCAGCCUCUAG